CAAUAUAUUAGCGGUGAAUAACAUUGUGUUUAUACAGAGAUUUGCUUUUAAUUUAAGAUAAUUUAAAGAAUAUGUUAAUUCAUUGUUUAGUUUGGAGUAUAAAUAGAUUAGAUUAAAGACAUGGAUGACUUGGAUGACWUGGAUGACAGUCAUAAUAGUGACAAUACAAGUCAUAAGAGUGGCUCUAAGGCUACUAAUAAUAAUAAUAACAAUGAGUGGACUCUUGUAUUUCAAGGCGCAGAGUCUCGUCUUUGGGUUGGAGUUUAUAACGGAAGAAAUGUAGUGAAGAAGGAGAGGUUUGUUAAGAAUUACAGAAUUAAAGAAUUGGACUCAAAGAUAACCAAAGAAAGAAUUAGAGCUGAAGUUAAAGCUCUUAAAAAAAUUAAAGAAAAGUCACAAGAAUUGGGUUUAUUGGUCCCAACCGUUGAAUUUGUCGACGAAAAUAACAUAAUACUGACCCGAAUCGAGAACUCAGUCAAUGUUUCCAAAUAUCUAUCUGAAGAACAUAGCGAUGAAAUGAUAGAUAAAUUGAUGGCAAAUAUGGGACAAACAAUAUCGUGGAUACAUAAUUGUGGUGUAAUUCACGGCGAUUUAACCACUUCUAACUUUAUGAUCACAAAAGACAAUCAGUUGAUUCCUAUAGACUUUGGUUUGUCGUCAUUCUCUACAACAGCUGAGGACAGAGCCGUUGAUCUCUAUGUUUUGGAAAGAGUUAUUCAAAAUUCUUAUCCAAACAUUAAUUUUGUGAAACUUCUGGACGAAUACGAUAAGAGUAUCGUUAAAGCAAAAGCAAAAGACGAUGUCUUAAAAAGACUGGAAGCGGUUCGAGUCAGAGGAAGGAAAAAACUUUGUAUCGGUUAAACUUCAAGUCUCAUCUCUAAAUUGUUUUAAUAAAUUUGUAAAUAAAA